GAAGCUGCUACUUCCCUUUCCUAACAAGGCUGAGGAUCGGGAAACAUUGCGGAAUCCUCUGCCUGACCUUCUCUCCAGGGCUGGGGCCACCAUGGGUCCUGCAGGCACUGCCCUGCUGUGCUUGGGAUUGUGCAUGGGCCAAGGGAUCAAGGCACAGGCAGAGACAUUCCUCAGACCCACCCUCGAGGCUGACUCAAGCCCUGUGAUCCCGCAGGGGACACCCGUCACCCUCAGGUGCAAGGGACAUCCUGGGGCUAUUUGGUAUUUUCUGAUGAAAGGAGAAAUUCAGUUCCAAGGUGUACUUGGAGAAAAGAUGGAGGCUAACUUCCACAUCCACUCCAUGACAAGGGACACUGCAGGGAGUUACCACUGCUUCUAUAUGACCCUGUCUGGCUUCUCAGAGCCCAGUGAGCCCCUGGAGCUGGUGAUGACAGGCCUAUACAGCAAGCCCUCACUGUCAGCGGCACCCAGCCAAGAAGUGGCCCUAGGACAGAACGUGACCCUCCGUUGUCAGGAUGAGCAGAACUUUGACAGGUUCGUCUUCUACAAGGAGGGAGGGGCCAGCACCUGUCAGCUUCAGAACAAGACGUCUCAGCCUGACUUCCUCAUCCCAGUGGUGACUGCUGCUCAUGGGGGCCUUUACCGAUGCUACGUAUUUCACAGUCAAUAUCCCUACCUGUGGUCCGAAAGCAGUGACCCCUUGGAGAUCAACAUCACAGUCCCAGAGACAUCUGGUCCAAGGCCGAAACCUCCAGACAUGCUAUUAGGUCUUCCCAGACUUCACGCGGGCAUCUUGAUGGGCAUCUCGGCACUCCUCAUCCUGCUCUUCCUCUUCUUCCUCCUCUUCCUCCUCCUCCGAAACCACCAGCAGCAGCAGCAGGCCAGGCUCUGGACUGGAGGCGAAGAUGCAGGUGUUGAAAAGACCCUCAGGAGCUGCAGCCGGGCCGAGGAUGCUCCCCUAGAGUCCCCGUGUAAGUGGAAAGGGAGCGUGUCCGGGACAACGUCUGGGACUGGGAAGAGCCGAGAUCCUGCUGUUUCAUCUCUGCCUUUUUGGCCUCUAGAUGUGACCGUGGAGGAUGUCCAGGCCGAGGAGCGCAGAAAUCCCAGUGCUCUGGUAGAAGACCCUCAGGAAGUGACCUAUGCCCACCUGAUCCACAAGACCCCCAGUCAGCACCUUGAGCAACUUCCUCCAUUCCCACCAGGGGAGACCACCCUCUAUGCCCCAUUGGCCAUCCAGUAAGUAUGCCAGUGGGGCCCAGGAGAUACUCAACUCAUCUCUCCCCAGCUCUACCUCUUCUUUCCCGGUGUGGGCCAUAAUCUCAACCACAAGACAGACUCUAAAGUCUCAUUGGCAUUAAACAUCAAACACCCAGGAAUUUGAACAUCAGAGUAUCCUCAGCCCUAUCCUGACACUGAGCGAGAACACCUCAACACAUUCCAGUUCUGUGGUCAGUAGACCAAUUAAAACCCUUUUAUUAAGCACCUACUCUGUGCCAGCCGCUAUACUAAGCCCUAGGCAAGCAUCACUUGAACCCUUACCCCCAGCAGCCUAGAAGUGUGCAUGGACUGGUGCCUUCUCCUCCUACAAUAAAUAUUUUCUGCCCUUAUUCUGCCAAAAUAAGGAAACUGGCUGAAAAAAGCAAGUAAACAAAUAAAUGUAUGAAUAAAAGAGGAAUGUGGCUGUA